AACCGGAAGCACUUCUAACGACGCGACUUCCUGCGGAGUAAGAAUACAUAUUUCAAAUGGUUCAUGGCUUGAAGCUUUACGCCAAAAAUACACCCAAAUGACAUCAAAAUGAAUUACAUGCCGGGGACCGCCAGCCUCAUCGAGGACAUUGACAAAAAACACCUUGUUCUGCUCAGAGAUGGGAGAACGUUAAUUGGAAUCCUAAGGAGCAUAGAUCAGUUUGCCAAUUUAGUUUUACAUCAAACGGUGGAGCGUAUCCAUGUCGGCAAAAAAUUCGGAGACAUACCACGAGGGAUAUUCGUCGUUAGAGGAGAAAAUGUUGUCCUGCUUGGAGAAGUAGACCUCGAUAAAGAGUGUGACCAGAUCCUGCAGAGAGUUUCCAUCGAGGAGAUUCUGGAGGAGCAGCGCAUGGAGCAGCAGGCCAAGCUGGAGUCAGAGAGGCUGAAGCUCCAGGCAGUGAAGGAACGUGGCUUGUCCAUGCCUAAAGCUGACACGCUGGAUGACUUCUGAAACAUGGCUCACUUUGACAUUUCCCCCCAACCCUUUUCAGUUUUAGCCCAUGUUUAUGUUUGAGGUGAAGUGAUGGUAUAUUUAAAUUUUACACAAAUCUGACCUUUCUGAUGUAGCAUCGCAGAGAAGAGUGUGAUCGUGGCUGGUUUGUUUGUUUUAGCGGUUUAUGUAGAUCACGCACGACAUGAUGACUGCCUGCCAUCUUUUACUUUUGUUUAUGGCUGACUCCAUACAGGAAAGGAUGAUGGACCAAACAGAAACGCUCAUCCUCCUGCCUUUCUGUGUUUGUGUUCUCCAUAUGUUAUGGUGGCUUUUAUGUUGGUAUGCUGCAUGAACAAUUACAUUAUACAGCACUGAAAAUAUUUUUGUUCUAUUAAACCUAUUUUGUAAUGAUCAGAUGUCUUGGCCUUUGAGUGAGUUGCUUAGUUGUCCUUAGGACACAGCCUUAGCUUUUUGUUAAACAUUUUAUUUUUAUGACAGACCAAUUAAAUGUUCUUUCAGACGUAA